ACUUCAAAACUCUUGGAGAUGUUCUGAUUCAGGAAAUGAUUCGACAUGAUUUAAAUCAAGAGUAUCCAGGUUUGAGGGAGUAUGUGUUUGGUGAGGAGAGCAACAAGUUUACCAACACACUUGGUGAAUCAAUUGUUGUAGAAAUACAAGAAACACAACAAGAAACAUGCCAGCUUCUUACCAAGGUGUUAGAUGGUAAUUCACAAGCUGCUUCCUUAUUGGCUAAUUCAGUCCAUCAGAGUGUACAUGUGAUGCCAUCUCCUGAAUGUGCAGAUGUUCAAUGUGAAAUGGAUGUCAACAACAUUGGUAUUUGGAUCGAUCCCAUUGAUGGCACAGCAGAAUACAUAAGAGGAGGUGUUGAGGAGCCCUCACCUGAUGGCAUUUACCAGAAUGGUCUGCCAUGUGCAGUCAUCCUUAUAGGUGCUUUCUUGCGUCAGACCGGGGAACCUAUCUUCGGAGUUAUCAACCAACCAUUUUCUCAACUGGAUAAAACCAGUAACAUUUGGAGUGGUCGACAUCUUUGGGGGUUCUGUCAGCAAGAUAUAAGAGUCUUUGCAACAAGCAACCCAAUAAUUCCUAAAACCUGCAAGGGAAUUGGCUUAAUAAUGAGUAAAUCAGAAGAUGAACAGAUCAAAGAAUGUCUUGUGCCAAUCACUGGUGACCGUCAAGUGUAUGCCAGCGGUGCUGGAUAUAAGAUGCUCUGCGUCAUUGAAGGUUUGAUUGAUGGUUACAUUCUAUCGAAAGGAAGCACAUUCAAGUGGGACACCUGUGCCCCACAUGCCAUCCUGAAAGCCCUCGGUGGUGGCAUCAUCCGAUUGGACAAGUGUCUAGAAUCUGUAAAGUCAACAGAAAACAAUACUUUUGAUUUAGAUAAGGUCUGCAUUGAAUAUCAUAAACCAGAUACUCCUGAAUAUUCAACUGAAGGACAGAAAUGGUGCAAUACUGGGGGAAUGUUAGCGUAUAUAAAUCGAGAGGUCGCGUAUCAAAUUUUAAAUGCACUUUGCAAAAAUGAAAUAAUCUAGUUAGCUCAACUUUAUCAUCAAAUACAACUCAAGAUAUGGGUAAGCCUGGAUCACUGAACCUUAAUCCAUAUUAGUGUAAUUUUCACGUGGUUUUGAUGCAAGCUUAAUUGUUCUUUAUAACCUGUUGUUUAACAGCAUGGGGUGGUAACGUUGCAAAAGGGAGACAAAGGUAGAAUUGACAGAGUGGCAAGGAAGGUAGAGAAGAUGGUUGGACAGGGUUAGAGGUUGGUUGAUGAUGUCUGCACAAAUAAUAAUAAUAAUAAUAAUAAUAAUAAUAAUAAUAAUAAUAGUGUAGUUUUAUAUAGCGCACAUAUCCAUCUAAUGUAAGCUUUGUGUAAGUUUAUCUCUGUUACAAUUUAUCUCUGUUACAAAUUAUGAUAGUCACCUUUUCCAUCAGAAGAUAAGAAGAUAAGAAGAUAAGCUGGCACAACUGAAUGUGACAAGUGGUAGAUAUCGUCCGCCGGUCUCUCGCACUAAACGAUAUACCUUCUCUACUUCCUUCCACAGGCCAUUACAUUUUUUAACCUACACGAUAGAUGAUCAAAUAUUAAAUAAAUAAUAGUACUAGUAAUAAUUUUAGAAUUUUCAUAAUUUUAAAUUAAUGUAUUAUAAUAAUCUUAUAUUGUGAAUUGUAUGUUUUAUAUGUAUGUAUGUACAGGGUUAUGUAUGCAAACAAUGACAUUUCCAGAAAUGUUUGAGAAUAAAGUUUGAAUCUUUGAAAGCAGUUACAGUAGACAAACACAAAAGUUACUAUUUAUUGUUUGAGCAGCAGUAGAAUACCAACUGUUGUGUCAGUGUUCGUAACACUGAACGUAACAGGCCAUACUUUGCCAUUGCAUCCAUAUGUAAAACUAACCAAACCUACAAUGAUUGUGACCGGUAAGUAUUUGGGUCCCAGUCUGCCCCAGAGUACAAGGGUCAAGAAUUAGCCAAUUAAAAUUUUCCUAGCGUAAGGCAUUCCUAUUUAGUUUUCACUUGAUAUCUGUAUCUUGAAAUUAUUAUAUUAAUUUGUAUAACAGAUAUUUUACACUAUAAUAUACAAAUAUUUAUAUUUUUAACUUGAUUGUAGCUAAGCUUUUGUAAGUGUGUAUGUCUGCCCCAGAGUACAAGGGUCAAGAAUUAGCCAACUAAAAUGUUCCUAGCGUAAGGCAUUCUUAUUUAGUUUUCACUUGAUAUCUGUAUCUUGAAAUUAUUAUAUUAAUUUGUAUAACAGAUAUUUUACACUAUAAUAUACAAAUAUUUAUAUUUUUAACUUGAUUGUAGCUAAGCUUUUGUAAGUGUGGAUGUGUAUUAGGAGUUGCUACAUUGCAUAGUAAUCCUGGUAGUACGUAGUAAUACAGUAUUCAAAAUAACAUUUUGAAGAAUGCAUUUUUUAGUAGAACAUAUUAUUUUACAUAUAAUUAUAGCAAAGCACUGGGCACAGCAUAAACUAUUUGCUAUCAAUGGAAUAUGAUGGUAUACAUGUAAAACAAUUGUUGCUACUGAAUGUGGUUUGCCAGGAUUUUUGCAAUGUCUCACUGUGUGAGCCAGUUGUUUUGUAUUUUCUCUGUUAUCUAUGUCACUUUUUACAAUGUCUUGGGAAGUGGUGUAGCGUCUCAGGUAUAUGUAGAUUUAACGUAGUUGAAAUGUAUUUUAAUUGUAUUUAAUAAAUGUACUACAUGCAUCA